AGAAGACGUGAUGAUCAGAACCUCACAUGCAUUUCAAAAUUAGUACCUUGCUAUGAGAGAGAUCAUCUACAUCCAAGCAGGCCCAUUCGCAAACUACGCAGGAACACAUUUCUGGAACACACAGGAGAGCUACUUUACCUACGACGAUGACGAUGAACCCAUCGUGAACCACGACCUUUCGUUCGAAGAGGGACGGAAUCCUCAGAAUCAGCCGACUCUUUGUCCACGCCUGUUGACAUUUGACCAGAAGUCAAACUUCGGGACACUCGCAAAAACGAGCCAAGCUGAUGCAGCUAUUGACGCUUCACUCGAUACGACCUGGCGAGGGAGGGUAGUUCGCGAGACGCAAGAUCCGAUCCCCCAAAGCGAAUAUCACGCUCGUCUUGAAGGCGAAACAGACGAAGGCGAUCCAGAACGCACAGAUUCAAACAUCAGAUACUGGUCAGAUUACAGUCGCGUUUUCUUCGAUCGAAAAUCCAUACAGGCCGUCCCUGACGCGCUGGAAAGUACUGAGGCUGGGUGGAGUGUCGGUCAAGAUCUUUUCCGGCGAUAUAACGAAGAUACAGAGCUCAUGGAAGGGGCGUUUCGUCUGCUCGUCGAGAACUGCGAUAACUUCCAGGGCUUGCAAAUGAUGCAGGAUACGCCCUGCUUCGGGGGUUUUUCGCAUGCUUUCCUGACCGCCUUCCGGGACGAGUUUCUUAAGGCUUCUACAAUAAACUUCAGCUUCCUUUCCGACGCAGACCCGAAUCAUGCUGGAAUCGACAAUUUUCUAGACACGAAGAGGAUUAUCAACGACGCAUUGUGCCUGCAAAGCCUUCAUCAGCUCUCGGAUAUCGCUUUCCCGAUACUAAAUCCAUCCCGAUGGUCUGCGUUAGAAAGUAACUUAUCGCAGGGACUUGCCUAUGAUAAAAACAGCUUAUAUCAUACGUCUGGAGUCAUCUCGUCGCUGAUAGAGACUGCUACGCUGCCACUGAGACUGAAAGGUAGUCGGGAGGACAUCGCAACGAUGGCUGACCACUUGAACUGGCGAAAAUGUUCUCGAUUGGGACAACUGGGAGGCGUAGUCUCCCUGCCCUGUUCUGUGACAGAGGCAACGUUCACUGACCUGUACUGUAACUUCUCGACUGGUUUGUCGAACAAGGGCGAACAUGCAAUUUUUGCGAGGCGAAAUGUAACUCGAGGGUUGCAAGACCAAGACCUGGCAGCAUUUGAUGCAUGGUGUGACUUGUCAUCGCUACGGGAACCACUGAUUUCUAGCAUCCAUGCUCCUUCUUAUCCCGUGCCGACAUCCUUUCCGUCCAUAUUCCGGCACACUAAACCGACGUCUAUGAGGAUGGUGUCAUCGCUUGUCACAGCACCUUCUACAUCGAUCCCGCUUAUGGGGUAUGCUAGGUUUGUAGAACAGACUGCAAGGACGAGGAGGAGUGAUGGUGCGCUUAUGAGCAUGGACUUGGAGAGCGAUGAUGUGAAGGAGCUUGCUAGUGCAUUGUGGGAGAUGGUCGAUGGGUACGGGAAUGACAGGAUGGAUGAAGCGAAUGACUGAUUAUGGGAAACAUCUUAUUUGGAGAUAGCAAUCGGACAGAAGUUGAAUAGUUUAGGUCGGUAUAAUGAAUCCUCCGAUUUCAAAUAUGGAGCACUGUAGAUUAGGUUAAUGCCCGGUUCAUCGAGAGAUAUUUUACCCGCAUCUUGCAAGGCAGUCUUACUACGUUGCAAGUCAUGGCAAGGAGGAGAGUUGCAAACGCUGAGUGGUGGGGGAGUGUUCAAAAGGGCGUCCAUUAUCAUCAGUUGAUUGCUUCGCAUAUACGUGUAGUUCCAUUAAAUUCGUCGAAUACGGCCGGGCGUGUGGGACGAAGAGGAUUUCAACUC